CCUCGCCACUCUAGCUUCUCGAAUUACACCUACCCUCGCACGACGAGCGUCCAAACCGGGAAGAGUGCUGAAGAACCCCGCUACAUUCACCCCUCUGCGAGCCAUGUCGGCUACCACCCGGCGCGAAGACCCUUUCAAGCCGGCAGCGCGGGUCGCAGGACAGCGGCAAGAUGUCUGGUCCAUCGUCAACGAAGCGGCAGCCGCCUCCCCAGUCCAGCCCAUCGUGAACAUGGGCCAGGGUUUCUUCGGCUACAACCCUCCCCAGUUCGUCAUAGACGCCGCCAAAUCCGCCCUCGACAAAGUAGAAUGCAACCAGUACUCGCCCACCAAAGGCCGCCCGCGGUUAAAGAAGGCCAUCGCAGACGCCUACUCACCCUUCUUCGGCCGCACCAUAGACCCCGAAAAGGAAGUCACCAUCACAACGGGCGCAAACGAGGGCAUGCUCAGCGCCUUCAUGGCCUUCCUAGAACAGGGCGACGAGGUCAUCGUGUUCGAGCCCUUCUUUGACCAGUAUAUAUCCAACAUCGAAAUGCCGGGCGGAAAUGUGGUUUACGUGCCCAUGCACCCUCCAAAGGAAGGGGCGUACAAAACCACCUCAGCCGCAGAAUGGAAAAUCAACCUGGAGGACUUCGAGAAAGCAAUUACGCCCAAAACACGCAUGGUCGUCCUCAACUCCCCGCACAACCCUAUCGGCAAAGUCUUCUCCCGCGACGAACUCCAAGCCAUCGGCGACAUCUGCAUAAAACACAACAUUAUCAUCCUCUCCGACGAAGUGUACGAUAGGCUAUACUACGUCCCGUUCACACGCAUCGCAACCCUCUCCCCAGAAAUCGACAAACUCACUCUGACAGUGGGCUCUGGAGGCAAGAACUUCUAUGCCACGGGUUGGAGAGUAGGCUGGCUGAUCGGGCCCGAACAUCUAAUCAAAUACGUCAGUGCAGCGCACACGCGCAUAUGCUAUUCCAGCGUGUCCCCGCUGCAGGAAGCAACAGCCAUCGGCUUCGAACAAGCAGACGCACACAACUUCUGGGAGGAAUCCAAGCGUGAAAUGAAGGCCAAAAUGGACAAGUUCAACGCUAUAUGGGACGAACUGGGCCUACCCUACUCGGACCCGGAAGGCGGCUAUUUUGUCCUUGUAAACAUGGCGAAGGUGCGGUUACCGGAUGACUACGACUUCCCGCCGCACGUUGCGGAUCGCCCGAGAGACUUCAAGCUCUCCUGGUUCUUGAUAAAGGAAGUCGGUGUUGCAGCGAUUCCGCCAACCGAGUUCUUUACGCCCGAGAACGCGCAUAUCGUAGAGGACUGGCUACGGUUCGCAGUCUGCAAGAACGACGAUGUGCUCGAGACAGCGCAUGAGCGGCUAAGGGGACUGAAGAAGUAUAUCCAAGAAUGAAGCGGGGCGACCCGUCUCUGGGCGAGAAAGGUUUAGAUGUGAUAUCCACCAGUAACCUCGCAGAUAGAAGAUAGAUUUCUUAACUCGAAGUGUAUCCUGCACACCUAGCAAUAAGAGGUCUCAGCACAGCGAAGUAAGGACCUGGAGUUAUCGUUGAUGUCCCUCCGUUUGCGUGCUUGGCACUGCUGUCGACUGCUUCUCUGCAUGUUUUCUCUUUUUAACUACUAUUUCCGCUCCACUCAAACUCCGCGCCACCCGCCCAGGGCUCCAUAUAAAUACUCUUCCCCGCGAGAUCUGGCAGCGGGUCCUCGUAAGGGGGCUGGCACCCUCGAAAGCACCCAUUCUCUAAUGAGAAGU